AUGAAAACUCAACACUUAUUAAUUGGUUUAUUUACCAUCAUUUUAUUAGUCGUAAGAACAUAUAGUCGCGGUCCAAUAAGCCACGGAUUAGUCCUACGAGAUGAUGAUGAUCAAUCUUCGCUCAUAAAUACUUCGGGUCCAUUGACAGCUGACAAUGACACUACUACUGCUACCCGUAUUACUAGUACAGCAACGCCAGUAUCAACGAGUAGUGCCACAUCUGAUAGUUCAACAACAGCAACAACAACCAGUGUGACUACCGCCACAACAGCAACAACAACCAGUGGGACUACAGCCACAGCAGAUACAACAACAACAUCAGUCACGACAAAGCUACCAGACACAACAACAACUCAAACCGCAACAUCAACUGCAACAACAGAAUUGCCAACUGCAAAUACAACAGCAGUGACCACAGGCACAACAUCCGCAGCUACCACUACAACUCCAUCGAAGACGACAACAACCGCAGCGCCGGGUCGUAAAUUCGAUGGUCUGUCAUUUAUGGGUGGAAUAAUUCUUGCAGUUGGUGUCGGUGCACUCGCUUAUCUAGUCGUACGUUAUUUACGGCGCACUAAUCGAUUACGAUAUGGAACCCUAGCCUAA